GGCUUAGUUUGUGAGACGCUUUCGAAGCGACAAGUAGUAGUUGAUAGCGACACCGGCGGACAUCUGCAGGAGAAAGGCGAAUGCACGCGUUCGGGGAUCCAUUCAAAAUUAGAAAACGUUGCACAGCCCAGCAGGCCAAGAAACGGACAAAAAAAAGAAGAAAGACCUGAACAAAUAUAAGAAAACCCCGAAUUCAUUAUAUUUCAUUGUGAAUUUCAGUGAAACAGAGAACCAAACUGAACUGAACUGGGAUCGUGUCGCAUUUUGUUUUGGUAUGUCAUAUGUGGCAUUCAUUUUCAUUCCCAUGUGCGCCGCUGCAACAUAAACAGCGAUCCGAGCAUAAAGACAAAUGGGAAAAUAGAACACACACACAGACCGUAAGACAUAGAUAAAUAGCAAAGCAACCAGCAGUAAAUCGAGGCAGGCAUUGCAGCGAGGCAGCGUAUCAGCGUAUCGUUGAGUGAAAGUGAAUAUCGGUCGGAUCUUCGGACGAAGAGAAGGAAGGUUCGCCUUGCUGCUGGUACCGUACCUUAUCUGCGCACUCGGUGUCAGAGGCUCAAAGUGAACGCACUCGCAGAGAUCGAUAGGGAACAGAACAGAUCAGAACAGAUCAGAUCAGAUCGAUCCAUCCAGUCGGUUGUUAUUCCCCAACAUAGAAAAAAGUCCAAGCUCAAGAGCAACGGACUGCAAAGAAGUAAAGAAAAAUCCCCAUAAAUCCCAACUGUGAUAUUUUAACCAUGACCAAAUCAAAGGAUGACAAUCCCGAGAAGACACGCGAGCACAUCAGCGAGGAGAGCAUGAAGGAUCUGCUCACCAAGCAGCUGGAUAUCGUUGGCAGUGGCGGGGCAUUCGUCUGGGCCAUUUUCUUCCUAUGCGUCACACCCAACAUACUGAACGGAUUCCAUGUCUCCUCCUACACCCUGCUGGGACACCUGCCCGAGGAUCAGUGGUGCGGCCUCCCCGAUCUGUACGCCACCAACUGGACGCUGGCACAGAGGCGACACAUAGCCGAGGGAGGCCUCAACUCCGGCGGGUGCACGGUGUGGGACUGGAACUACAAGCACCUCAGCCAAAUGUCCUACGAGACGGCCCUCAACUACACCAGCCACAUGUCGGAGAUCAACAGGCCCGCGGAGGUGUCGUGCAAGGUGAAGGGCAGCUACGAGUACGCGGAUCCGGAGAGCACCUUUGUCUCCGAUUGGGAUCUGACCUGCGAGAAGAGUAUUCAGCGCACCUCAGCACAGGUCUCCAUAUCGCUGGGAAAGUUCUGUGGCUCCUUCUCCUUUGGCAUCCUGGCAGACAAAUUCGGUCGCAAGACUUCCUUUACCUUGGGUGCCGCCUUCUUCGUUGUGGGCAGCUUCUUCUGCACCUUCUCCCCCUGGUACAGUCUCUUCCUGGCGGGUCGCUUUGCCCUCGGAGCCGCCUCCUCGGGACUCUUCUACCCGGCCUUUACCAUGAUUGUGGAAAACGUUUGCCUGAAGCAUCGCUCUUGGAUGUCCAUUGCCUUCUCGGCCUCCUAUCCCAUUGGCAUGAUCAUCUUGGCCAUUAUCGGUUACCUCAUACAGCCCUGGCGGCACCUGCAACUGGCCCUCACCAUACCCUCGCUGCUCCUCAUCCUGAACUGCUACCUGAUGAAUGAAUCACCCCGCUGGCUCAUAACGAACCAGCGCUACGAUCGCGUCUACAAGAUCCUCUUCAAGCAGCCCAGCCAUUACGAGAUUCAGCCAACGGUGGCCGUCACCGCCUCCUCGGACCUUCUCACCGAUAAGAAGUCGCUGGAACCAGAAGGUGGCUCGUCCUCCUCGCUGCUGGAAAAACUCAAGAAUGGCCCACUCAAGUCCAUCAUCGAGCUCUUUGCCAAUCCCAAUGUGCGCAAGCUGAUCUUCACCUCCUACUUUAUGUUCUGCGUGACAUCGCUGAGCUACUAUGUGACGGCUUUGAAUGCGGCCAACCUUUCGGUGAGUCGGUAUUUGUACAUCGUGGCCACUGGCCUGGUGGACAUCCCUUCGUAUUUGGUGCCGGUCGUGAUGCUGCGAUUCACUGGUCGCCGUAUUACAACCAUGUUCCUGUUCUUGUGGACGGGCGUCUCGCUGCUGCUGGUCCUCGCCGUGCCCGCGGGCAGCACCACCUGGAUCGUGGCCUUCGCCAUGCUGGGCCGCUUCGGCAUCAGUGCCACCUACUCCGUGGUCACGCUCUACACGGCGGAGCUGUAUCCCACCCAGAUCCGUAACUCUGCCCUGGGCACCUGCUCGACGUUCGCCCAUGUUGGUUCCAUUUCGGCCCCAUAUGUGGUCGAUGUCCUGGGGGCCCUCGGCUGGUACAUUCCAACGACUAUCUGCGGCUGCUGCGUUCUAGUAGCGGGCCUGCUGACCCUCACUCUGCCGGAAACGGGCAUGGGCACGGGCAAGCUCUCUGAACAGAUCGAAAGAGUUGCUGCCACCGCCGCCGAUGCACCACAGCCAGAGAAGUCAGAGAAGCCAGAGAAGCCAGAGAAGCCAGAGAAGCAGUGAGCGAGCGAGUGAGUGGUGUUAGUUAGUCCUACGCUAGUUAGUUCUACGUGUCGCUUAGUGUAUAGUAGAAGUAUCGUUAACUGCAGUACUCUAGCCUCUAAGUUCGCUGUUAGUCUUUGCAUUCUUUUAGCGUAUAUUCGUAAUUGUUUUCUGUUUGAUAUCGUAUAAUAAACCGCUUAUAUACACGUCA